AGUCGGUGGCCAACACAACGUGCACAGCAGGUUCCUCACUAGACUUAGCGCCAUGGCUACUCUUGGCUUAUUGCUCUUGGCUCUCAUUAAUGGGGCCUUGGCCAAAGUGAGCCCCAGCUUCAGUGAUUGCCGAGGGCAGUUCUACGCUAGCGCCCCCCCGGUGGGCUUUGAUAGCCUUUCCAGCCAGAUUACUCCAAUCUGCCAGAUGUACGAGACCAACAACAAUCCUUUCUUUGCUUCCUUGUACCACAAGGUGAACCAUUAUCCUCUAUAUUCAGCUUAUAUCCUGGACACCCGACCUGGGGACACCACCGGGAGUGACCAGACUUUCCGUUUAGAGCCACAGUUGGUGGACACAAGGCUCCCCAGGCAGAUCAUGCUUCAGCCCGACACCGAGUCAGCAAUUCGUUCCCUGGGUUUCACCGGAACAGCCGCAGACCACAUAAAAAAAGUCCAGGCGAUCAAUUCCGAUUAUACCGGCAGCAACUACCACAAGGGGCACUUGAACCCUAACGCCGACCAUCCCGCUGGGGCAGGACAGCUGGUCACCUACACCCUGACCAACGUGGCACCCAUGCACGGCCCCCUGAACAGCGGAGCCUGGAGGAACAACGAGAUGAGGGUGAGGAACAUUGCUGCCGGCUGCGGCAAGAUGCACGUCAUUACUGGGGUCGUUCCCGGAAACAACUGGAUCUCCGUCAAUGGGGUCCAGAGAGUCAACAUUCCCAGCCACGUCUGGAGCGCCUUCUGCUGCCUGGACAACAACGGGCGCCCAACCAAAGCCGAGGGCUCCAUCGCUCCAAACAAUGCCAACAGCGUCCAGUCUGGUCUGACUAUCUCCUCCCUGCAGAGCCAACUGAAGUCUCUCCUGGGGGUCACUGUCACCUUGUUCCAGAACAACUGCACCUAGACUGCUGCCUAUCAAUAAAUGGGGAGAGUCCUCCUACCUACCUA